GCAAGUACAAAAUUAAUACAAGAUAAAAAUAACAAACUCUUCUCUUCAUUCUUCGACACUUGACUGUUGGUCUCCAGUCUUAGAAAUGAUGCAAUAACCGAAGAAAAAAUUUCAUGGGUUGGUAACACCUCGCAAAUACGGAAAACGUAAUUUAAUAUUUUUCACACGAAGGCUAUGCCGUUUUGUAUAAAUACUAGGGUAAAGCUGUCUAUCAAUCAAACCUCAAACCGCAUCACUAUGAAUUUCCUGGCCCUUAUCGUACCCUUCGCUAUGGUUUUGGCCACUAGCGCGUCCAUCAUUGGCUCCGGAGCUGUCCUGCAAGGCCCUGCUGCCGAAGCCACAAUCGCAGGACCGGACGGAAGUGCAAUUGCAGCUGCAGCGCAAGCUGGAACCGUGGUUGCUGCUCCUAGAAUCGGAGGUGUGGUCUCUGAAAUUAUUACUCCCGGAUUAGUAACAGCUGCUGCUCCUGUUCUUGCUCCUGCUGGAGCCGUCAUCGCAGGACCUUCCGGGACUGUUAUCAGCAACGCUGGGCUUCGCACAAUCAUUGCAGGGCCGGCUUUAGGACUGAUUUAGGAUUAGAGAUGAGCAAUUUUGUCGUCACAGUUUGUACUAGCUAUGACUACUCAAACCAAAUCACUGAUAAAAAAUGUUUUAAAAUUUUUAAUAAAAUAUUAGUCUUUGUAUAGUUUUGUAAAAAGCGAUAAAGUCUUAGGUUGGAAAAAAAAAAUAUAAAUAAAAAUGUGCUGGCUAAUA